ACUGGAGAGGAGGACGGAGAGUUUGAGGAGGAGUGGGAGCAUGAGGAGGAAAGAGAGGUUCCUGACAGUUGCGCAUCAGAUCAGACUGAAGAAGACUCAGUCGUUAUGCGCAAUACGGACCAGCACGGAGGGGACGAGCUGGAGGAGGAGGAGGACGCUAUAGCCACGGGGAGGGACCCCGACCGGUCUCGUCUGAGUGAAAACACACGUCUUGCCACCCGGUAUGCGGUCCGAAUAUUUCGUGAGUACCUGAGCGAGAAAUUGCAGAGUCCGGACUUUGAGAGCAUGAACAAGGAGGCUCUGUGUCGCGUGCUGCGCUCCUUCUAUGCAGAGGCACGUUCCAAGAGCGGGCAGCUCUACAGCAAGUCCUCGCUCAUCAGCAUUCGUAGUUCUCUCAACCGGUACCUGAAUGAGCCACCUUACUGCCGCGCGCUCGACCUCACCAAGGACCCCGAGUUGCGGGGCGCGAACCUGACGCUCGCCGCUGUCAUCAGGAAACUCGAGGAACAGGGUGCAGGUCCGGUGGUGCAGAAACAGGCGAUAACACGCGCCGACCUGAGGAAACUCUAUACGUCUCCCGUGUUCUGCGCGAGCUCACCUUUCGGGCUGCUCAAUAAAGUGUGGUUCGAGACCUGCAUGUACUUCUGCACACGCGGGCGCGAGAACCAGCGGGAAUUGGAGGAGGAUUCCUUCGGGCUCGCGAUGGAUGAGGACGGGAGAAAGUUUGUGUAUUUCAAAGCGCUUGGUCCCUACCACAAGUCGCGCUCUGCAUCUUGGACUAAAAAAAGAUCUGAUUCGGAUGAGGACAAUCUUCCCCGUAUGUACGAGACUGGCACUGAGUUUUGCCCUUAUGCCAGUUUUGUAAAAUACCUCGCAAAACGCAACCCGCUGUGCAAGGCAUUUUUCCAGCGUCCGCGGGAUCACUGUGGGGAACGAGACGCGACCUGGUACGAGAACAAAGCGAUUGGCAAGAACCUGCUUGGCACCAGGAUGCAGAUGCUGUCGCGUGCGGCCAAACUGUCCAAGACCUACACGAACCACUGCAUCGGCGCCGUCUCCAUAGCAACGCUCAAUAGCAUCGCAGGUAUUGGGUCAAAGUUAGCUCCCACUCAGCGCAUUGCAUCGGAAACGGUCCAGCUACUGCUGCCGUAUGUGCAGCACGUGGAGGAGGAGGAUGCAACUGAAGUCAAACCGCAGAGAGUGAGCAAACGUCCAAGGACUUUAGUGUAUCCGCUGGAUGUGGCAGGAACAGAGGCUUCCUCGCCGAAGAAACGGCACGAGGACACUCCGGCCAUUACAACUGGUGCAGACUCCACUCUGCAGCCGGCUACAAACGAGCAUAACAGCAAGACAGCCUCCCCUGCUCUAGUGCCUCCAGCGCAGGACAGUCACAGCAGCAGUAUGUCAGGUCGCCCCCUGCUGGUACAAUCACCUGCCUCUCCUAUUGGUUGCCAUGGGAUACCUACACCAGCAAAGCUCAGCAAAACCAACGCACCGGUCCAUAUCGAUGUGGGGGGGCACAUGUACACCAGCAGCCUCGCUACACUGACCAAGUACCCAGAGUCAAGAAUUGGUCGUUUGUUCGAUGGCUCAGAGCCCAUAGUGUUGGACAGUCUGAAGCAGCACUACUUCAUCGACCGGGACGGCCUCAUGUUCCGCUACAUCCUCAACUUCCUGCGCACCUGCAAACUCCUUCUCCCUGAUGAUUUUAAGGACUUCUCCCUGCUCUAUGAGGAGGUGAAGUUCUUCCAGCUGGUCCCCAUGCAGACGGAGCUGGAGCGCUGGCACGAGGAGCGGGUAGCCCGGCAAGCGGCGCGGCCCUGCGAGUGUGUGGUGGUGCGUGUGACGCCCGAGCUGGGCGAGAGGAUCGCCCUGAGCGGCGAGCGAGGCCUGGUGGAGGACGUCUUCCCCGAGGUGGGCGAUGUGAUGUGCGAGGCGCUUGGCGCCGGCUGGAACCAGGACCACACGCACGUCAUACGCUUCCCGCUCAACGGCUACUGCCAGCUCAACUCCGUGCAGGUGCUGGAGCGACUACAGCAGAGAGGGUUUGAGAUUGUGGGCUCGUGUGGAGGGGGCGUCGACUCCUCCCAGUUCAGCGAGUACGUCCUGCGGCGGGAGGUCGGGCGGGGCCCUUGUGGGGUCACCUCUGUCAUCUGCAUCAAACAGGAGCCCCUCAACUAGAGUCAGAGGUCGAAGGUUACUGGAUGUGACCUAUCCAUCUAAACAUGGAUGCCCUGUUUGGAGAAAUCCAGAUUCACUGCACAGCUUUAUCUGAAAAGACUGAAAGUGGAUCAGAGGGCUCUUUUGGGGCCAAAGGCCUCCAUCUCAUUUAAAAAAGUGAAAGUUUGUUUUAAAACUUCAGAGAGACUCCUCAUGAAAGCAAUAGUCUUUUCUGAGAGAAGAAACCAUUGUGUAAACUUAUAUGAGCAUCUAUUAUGAACAAGCAAUGAAACAGCAACCUGGACAGGAGGAGAUCAUGUCAACUGUCUGAAUGCAUCACAUAAUCUGUCUCAUCUAUUUAUUGACAGCUACCACUUCAACUCUUCUGAGAUCUAAAUCUGACUCAAACUCUAAAUCUACACACCUAUACUGCAGACACACACACACACACACACACACACACACACACACACACACAAUUAGCUGACCCUUCAGGCCAGUUCUGUUUUACCCUGUGCCACUGUAAAGAUGAUGUUUUUGCACUAAUGCAAUGCAGGACACGUGUUUCUCUUCGCAGUGUUGCUUUCUAUCCUAAAGGCAAUGAGUUCUGCAACUAUAGAACCCAACUUCAUACACACACACACACUCACACACACGGAUAUAUAUACAGCCAUGUAAAACAGGUGUCUAGGGAAUGAAUGCUGAUGGGAUGAAAAGCAAAAUAAUUAUUUGCACAUUUCUAGGACAUUUCUGUAUUAUUUUUUCCCAAUCGGUCCACAUAUCCGAUGUCCAUAGUGGACACAGACACUUAUUCUGACUGACCUGUGGUUGUGAUCUGACUUAUGAAGAAAAGCCAGUGCAAGACUCAUAGAUGUAAGUGAAAUUCUGGCAGGCAUAUGGUAAGGCAAGGCAAACUCACUAAAUACAUCCCUUGACAGUUAUCUCCAGCCCAUCUCUGACACAUUCUAUGGACUUCUCAUAAACCAAGCAUUCUUUGAAUCAAACGGGCUCUGCAAGAGAAGAUGUUCAGAACAACAAAAAAAAAGGAGAAAAAAUAAACAAGAACUUAUCCGUGAGGAAUGUUAUGUGAUUCUGACAAUAAAAGUUUAUUAAGAAA